AUGGAGGCCAUCGCAGGACUUAGCCUUGCUGCUAACAUCCUACAGAUCGUAGACUUCACCACCAAUGUCUUAUCAACUGGGAACCAGAUUCGCCAGUCAGGUUCUACCGUACAGAACUCGGAUUUAGAACAGGUAGUUCACGACUUAACAGCACUGAGCGAGCGCAUCAUGUCAUGGGCUCGUCCCAAUCCAGCUAGUACGGGCCCGUUGGCAAAGGACAGUCAGGCACUCGAGGAUCUGGCUUCGAAGUGCAUGGAUGUUGCUCAAGAACUCAUCGCUGUACUUGAGUCGUUGCGAUGUUCCAAAGACGCGACCAGGUCCAAAUCAAUUCUCAGCGCUCUACGAACAACUUGGAGCGCGAAAAAGAUUGAGGAGAUCAAGUCUCGACUUCAGCUGAUACGUGAUGAGCUCCAAUUCAGAAUUCUGAUAUCCAUCAGAGACGACCAGUUGCGGGGUUUGGACAAACCGAGUAGGAAGGCGUUGCACAGUAUCGUGGAGAGUAAUGAAGAAGUGCUCUCGACAACUAUUUCAGAGACCGGAAGAAUCAUGGAACGACAGGAUGCCGACAGCUUGUUAGCAUCGACGCGUCACGAUGAGGUCCUGUGUGCAAUCAGCAAACGACCAAAAGAGGAGCCCGGGAAUAAGAAUGUCCCGCGCGCAAUUGCGAACAAGUUAUACUUCGCGCGGAAAGAUGACAGAUAUGACGACAUCGUUUUUGCCCAUCGAGACACCUUCAACUGGGCACUGGAGAGCAGAGAUUCCAUAAGCUGGCCAAGCCUUGUAGACUGGCUUCGUGAGGAGGGCGGCGUGUAUUGGAUCAGUGGGAAGGCCGGAUCUGGGAAGUCAACGUUGAUGAAGUACCUAUACCAAGACUCCCGGUUUAUGGAUUCGCUAAAGCUUUGGGCUGGAGGCGAUCGUUUGAUCGUUGCUGACUUCUACUUUUGGAGUUCAGGUGCCGAGAUCCAAAAGUCCCAAGCAGGCCUCUUGCGUUCACUGCUUUGGCAAGUGAUCGAUCAGGACCUACAGCUCCAGCAGCUUACUCACAACGAUAUCACCACAUUGUUCCAUGCAGAAGCUGUGAUCGAGGAUGUCAUAAGCGCAGACGUCUCUCCCUUGUCGGAAGAAGAGCUCAGAAACAUAGAGAUUACUACAGAGCGUCGACUUCGAAGCCGUUGCGCAGGACUCCUAGAGCUCCGAACGCGAGUCAUGCCCGAUCGAGAGUACAUGCGUUGGGACAAAACAGGCGAAUUGGGAAAACGGAGAUGGAAGGACGUUGUGUAUCUUCACAGAACUGUCGCAGAUUUCUUGCAUAAAAGAGAGGUCUGGGACCAUUUGGUAAGCCACUCCGAGGGACUGAAAUUCAACCCCUAUCUGGCUGUGUUACAAUCAUUGGUCAUGGAAGUCAAGGUGGUCAGAUUUGGACAGCAACGUCCCGGCGAUUACACGAUUCCCUGGCAACUUGUGAUUGAGACUCUGCUAUUCGCACGACUUGCAGAGGCGAAGACCAAGACAAGCUCUCGGAAACUGCUCGAUGAGCUUGACAGAGUAAUGACGACUUACUUCCCAGAUGUCACGGGAAGAUGGAAAGAGGGAGAGUACAAGAACGCGACUUGGUGCGACACAUGGAAUGAGGGGGAUGGCAGGACUGCUCCCUGCCAUGAUAACUUCAUGUCCUUGACCGUCAAAUUUGGUUUGACAUUAUACGUUCAGGACACCAUUCGCGCCAAAGGUCAAAGUUGUUUGAACAAACUUGGCAGACCGUUACUCGAUUACACUUGCAGACUUGAUACGACUUACGGAGACUGGUCAGAAAUGGUUGACCCCAAUCUCAUACAGACUCUCUUGCUGCAUGGCGCUGAUCCGAAUGUCAAGUUCAACGGGUUUAGUGCGUGGGAAAACUGUCUGCGUAUGGGGAUGAACAAUUCCGUCAAAUGGGUAACCAUGCUGAGAAUCCUAUUACUACAUGGAGCGAACACGAACGCAUGCGUUGAGACCGGACAAGGCCGGAAAACUGGUUUGAUCAUCAUCCAAGAGUAUUUUGAUGAAUUCUUGACCGGCGAUGCUCAAGCUAUUGAGAACAUGGAGGCGCGCCUUGGGUAUCCUGAAGCAACAGCUAUAACUGGACAAUCCUCGGCGGGGAUACUGGCCCAGCUGAAGCUUGAUGUCGUCGAGUUAAAGAGAUUGUUCAUUAAGGGACAAAGCGAAGGGAAUCGCGUCCUCCACCAGGUACCCGCCGGCGCCAUAAUACCCUCCAACCUCCCAUCGGCGCUCCCCACACCGCUAUUCACCUUCCCUUCGGUCACGCAAUUCCUCAUACCCACGCAACAAUUCUGCGACCGCCUACUCACUUUUUGCAUCAACCACAAUCGCGUCAUCGGAUACCCUGUUUGCAUAAGAGAAGGGAAAUACAGUAGAAAUGAAUUCAUCUUCAACUUCGCAAUUGUGAUAGGCGAAAAUGAGCGCGACUGGGCGUGCUACGGCGAAGUCGUGAGGAAGCUAGGACGCUUGUUGAGAGGCCUAGAAGAGCAGGGCGGAUUCUUGUCCAGAGAAGAGGAGGGCGUUUGGGAAGAUGAAGGAGGAAAUGUCGGGUUUGGGCACGACGAUGGCGUCGGCGGAUUUGGAAUAGGUGGCGGAAGCAAGGUGUAUGCGCUGUGUGAGAUGGUGCUUGAGGAUCUGAAUAACUAUGCAGAGUGUAUGAUACCAAUCGAUGACUCGAAUACGAUCAACCUGAAGCUGUUCCCUACGCGACCGCCUCCUCCGCCUAUCCUCGCGCAUCAAGUGCCCCUGCUCACCAUAUCUCUGUCAAGUCUCCAGCAACCCGUAUCCUCGGACCUCACCCUCAAUCGCAUACUUCCAUACAUAAACGGUAUCAACUCGAUAGCCCAUAUCGCGCAACUGGCUGAUACCGAUCUCUCGUUGACAAGACGAGCCAUUCAACAUUUGGUAUAUUAUGGAUGUUUAAUACUACUGGAUAUCUUCAGCUUCAGCGCCAUAUAUGCGCCAACAGCAGAGAUUGGUGAUUUCAUAAUGGAUGCAGAGGUUAAAGAGGAAUGUAUGCGCUACGUCAGCGUACCGAGAAUGAGACUUGGAUCGAACGCAAAGACAGCUCGGAUGGAUAGCGAAGUCUCAGAGAAGAGUAGGGACGAGCGUAGUUCGACCUCGUCUUUGUCAUCACAGCAAAGCGAGACUGUCGGAUCUACGCUUAGGGUCUCAGAGUUCGAUAGCCACAUCGCCGCUCAAAAGAAGGAAGAGGAGGAAGAGAAUGUAUGGCAGACGAGCCAUGAGACGUUGAUAACGCUAUACACAUCGCUGCGACAAGGUCUCACUUUGAAGAACUGGGUGCUGGAGAAUCUGGAUCUUCUCACUGGCAUCGAUGUACGCCGCUUCAUUACCUUCGGCAUCAUCAAAGGUUUCCUCUACCGUGUGCACAAGUACGCGAUAGCGACCUCAACGACCCUACCACCAGCACCACCAACGAGUCUGCAAACAAGUGCCGCGACAUCUCUCGCAAACCCCCGCGAUUCAGACACCACCACAAUUCGCGGUAACGAACGAGUACACCAUUCUUCCCAACCAAGUAUCCAGACCCACGGUCACCACACUUCCCAAGCCAAUAUCCACACACAUCAUCCAUCCUUCUCGAUUCACAGACCGAGCGUUGCCUCCGCGAUGCCUGCAAACCACAAUCAUCUUCAACAACAGAACCCCCAACAUCUCAGUGUUUCGAAGGGUGAAGAACACCAAACCCUCGAGGGCUUGGUGAGCGAUAGAGACAAGAGCGGGAGCGGGCUUCCUCUAUUGAGAUUCCUGGAUGGCAUGCACUGUUUCGAUGAGAUAUGUACGGAAUUGGGAUUACCCGAACGUGUCGUUGAGGGUAAGGUACGGGGUAUGGGUGAGGGGGCUGGAGUUGUUGUUCAUCGAUGA